AUGAAUGCGUAUCUUCUCAAUAGGGUUUUGGGGUCCAUAAGUCCCUCAACCUUUCAUGUCGCACAAACCACGCGACUUGUUCAACAGCUCGAGCCGGCGCCUGGCAUUCGCUUCUCAGCACGUAGAGACAUUCCCUUAGGAGGGAGUCAAGAGGAUGCAGGCUUGAUCUUUGAUGAUGAGGUAUUUGCUCACAAGGCGGGAGUGAAUGUGCUCGCCAUCGAUCACUAUGAUGGCCGAUUCAUGGUCUCUGGGGGUGCAGAUCCUUCAAUUCAUCUGUGGGAUUUGGAGUCACGAGGCUCAGAUCUGAAACAUGUGCACCAGUCCGUGGCAUCUGUCAACAGAGCCUCGCACGAAGAUGCCCACACACGUGCCAUUACUUCCGUCUCCAUAUACCCAUUUGAUCCUACACCGUCUACUAUCUUGACAACCUCGUACGAUGGUACACUCAAGCUUUCGGCUUUAGCCCCAGCGGCUAUUACACCUGUGCACACUUUCAAUCUAGACUGCACACCGUACAGCCAUUCGCUGUCAUCAAAUCCAGCGUCUCCUUUGCUCAUUGCUGUAGGUACCUCGGAGAAGCCGGUCCGACUACUUGACCUACGUUCCGGUCUGUCGACACAUGGUCUACCUGGACAUGAAUCUUCAGUCCUGUCCGUAUCAUGGGCUCCUCAUCAGCCACACAUCCUGGCCUCCGCGUCGGCGGAUAAUAGAGUGAUUCUCUUCGACAUCCGCCGGGGAGGCCACAAUUCAGCGAUCGCAGCACUAGACAUGGAUGAUGCUGUUGGACUCGUGCGCCCGGGAUCCACCCCAGCAUCCUGCCAGAGCCGCCCAGCAUUCUCGCCGCACGCUCGAGCCCAUAAUGGCGCCGUGACGGGUGUGCGGUGGACAUCUACCGGUAGUCACCUGGUAACCGCUGGUCAGGACUCUCGGAUUCGAGUCUGGGAUGCUGGAACAGGUGCGAACACGCUUGUACACUUCGGUCAGCGUGUCCGGAACAGUGUGACUUCUCACCUGGCUGAAAGGGCACCGCUCAUUAUACCUCGCGGAGUGGUCACCCCUGGGCAAGAAACGCUCUUAUGGCCAAACUUUAAUGAGAGAGAUGACCGUAGGGAGAUCUUCAUGUUCGAACUUCGAGAGGGGGCUUUUGUCAAGCUUCUUCGCGUACCGGGUCUCGUGACCGGUCGCCAGCAGUUCCAGGGCCGCUCCAGUGCCCUCAGCGCUGCCAGGAUCAACGCCCUUGCUUGGCGCGGUAACGGUGCCUCAGGAGAAGGGAUCGAGAUGUUUUCGGCCCACGGCGACGGAACCAUUCGCACUUGGGCCUCACGGGAACCCGAGGGUGAGCCGGAUGAUGAAGCCGAAGAAGCCGAACGAGCAGACCGCAAACGCAAGCGCGAUGUUCUCGACGAGAUCUACCGGGGAUUUAUAGGCUAA